AAACCUUGAAGUAAACAAAUCAUUCUCUGAUUUUUUCUUCUAAGUAUACUUCAAAAUUUCCAUGUGAAAACAUCAAUAUUGUGAUCGGCCUUUCAUGUUUCGGAACAUAUUUCAUAAGACAUUCGAGUACUUGCUAGCAGUCACCAUGGGAGAUGGAAAUGAAAGUGCUCGUGAAGCAGUGCAAUGUGAAGGCGGUAAAGAAUCUACAGAGAUGAAGAUCAAUCAACUGAAGAAGGAGCUCGGUGAACUGCGAUCGCUUCUACUGCAGCUGCUGUUAGAAACGGACCGAAAAUCGGAUGAAAUCAAUCAACUGAAACAGGAGAACGAAUAUCUGCGCGAACAGCGAACUAUGCUACUGCAGGGACCGUUGAAUGAUUUUCCCCGAAGGCAGAAAAUUAAAGACAUAUUGGAGGGUAAUCUUGAGACGAUUGGGGAAACUGAGCCACUUAGAAUGUACAUCAUAAAUGGUCGGUUCAGAUUUGACGAGAUGCGAAAGUGGAAACGAAACGGAGAGAAAGACAGGAAGUGGACUGUCUACAAAUAUCGCAUAUGAUGUCUUCAUAUUGGUUUAAGUAAAACUCAUGUUGAAAAACAAAAAACGUUACAAUUGCUUUAGUUUAACAUACGGCGUUCAGACAAAUUGACCGAUGAAUCUUCCUGGCGGUAUAUGA